AUGGCAUCCACCGUGAAGCAGGCGGUCCAAGAGCUCGUCACCGGUGUGACGUCGUCCAAGAAGAUUGCCGAUCUGCAGAAGAACAUACAGGAUCCCACCACCGGCGACUCGGUCCAAAGGACGGAUCACGGCGUGAAGAUCAAGGAUCCCGACAAUUGGUUGAAAGUCCAGGAUGGGUCGACCACGGGUCCGUCGUUGCUUGAAGACCAGAUCGCGCGCGAGAAGAUUAUGAGGUUUGAUCACGAGCGCAUCCCGGAACGUGUCGUCCAUGCGCGAGGCGCUGGCGCCCAUGGAUACUUCAAGGUCUACGACGACCGCGCGAGCAAAUACACCUAUGCUCCCGUACUUACCGACUCGUCGCGCACGACGCCGACUUUCGUGCGCUUUAGUACCGUCCAGGGUUCGCGAGGAAGCGCCGAUACCGUGCGUGACGUGCGCGGGUUUGCGACCAAGUUCUACACCGAGGAGGGCAACUGGGAUAUCGUUGGCAACAACAUUCCCGUCUUCUUCAUCCAGGAUGCGAUCAAGUUCCCCGAUUUCGUACACGCUGUCAAGCCCGAGCCGCACAACGAAGUGCCGCAGGGUCAGAGCGCGCACAAUAACUUCUGGGACUUUGUUGGCCUUCAGCCGGAGGCGACGCAUAUGGUAAUGUGGGCAAUGUCGGAUCGCGCAAUCCCGCGAUCGUACCGGAUGAUGCAGGGCUUCGGAGUUAACACCUAUACGCUGUUGAACGCCAAGGGCGAGCGAUUCUUCGUCAAGUUCCACUGGAUUCCCGAAUUGGGCGUGCACAGCUUUGUCUGGGAUGAGGCGCUGAAGGUGUGCGGCCAGGAUCCGGACUUCCACCGCAAGGACCUGGAAGAGGCUAUCAGGAGCGGUGCCUUCCCCAAGUGGUUCUUUGGUCUCCAGGUGAUUCCUGAGGCGAAGGAGCACGACUUCGACUUCGAUAUCCUAGAUGCUACCAAGAUCUGGCCGGAGGAACUUGUACCGGUAGAGAUCGUCGGAGAGAUGGUCCUGAACCGCUGCGUCGACGAAUACUUCCCCGAGACGGAGCAGGUCGCGUUCUGCACGUCUCACGUUGUGCCCGGCAUCGGCUUCAGCGACGAUCCGCUCCUCCAGGGCCGCAACUUCAGCUACUUUGACACGCAGAUUUCCCGUCUUGGCGUGAACUGGCAAGAGCUGCCGAUCAACCGCCCGGUCUGCCCUGUGAUGAACAUCAACCGCGACGGUGCCAUGCGUCAUACCAUCAACCGGGGCCAGGUCAAUUACUACCCCAACCGACACCAGAUGUAUAACCCCAGUUCGGCCGAGCAAAGCGGAUACCAUGAGCACGCGACCAAGAUCGUCGGCAUCAAGCAGCGCGUGCGCGGGGCCAAGUUCCAGGAGCAUUACAACCAGGCGCAGAUGUUUUACAACUCGAUGGCGCCGCAUGAGAAGGCGCACAUGAUCGCCGCGUUCUCGUUCGAGCUUGCGCAUUGCGACGACCCGGUCGUGUACGAGACGUACACCAAACUGCUGAACAACGUCGACUUCGAGCUCGCCAAGGCGGUUGCGACGAAAGUUGGCGGGGUCGUGCCCGAGAAGCCCCUGCGUCCGAACCCAGGCCACAAGACAAAGGUGUCGCAGACGACGUUCGUGCCUGAGAAGCCCACCGUCGCCGGCCGGCGGAUCGCCAUCCUCGUCGCGGACGGCUUCAACCUGGCCGAGGUGCAGGGCAUCCGGGCGUUGAUCAAGUCGUGUAUGGCGAACUCGUACGUGAUCGGGCCGCGGCGGGGCAAGAUCCAAGCGGCGGGCGGCGGAAGCCUGCAGGCGGACCACCACUUCGAGGAUCAGCGGUCGACGCUGUUCGAUGCGUUGAUCAUCCCGUCCGGCGAGCAUGUGCAGAAGUUAGCCGAGCUCGGUCGAGCGGUGCACUGGGUUCGUGAAGCGUUUGGUCACUGCAAGGCGAUUGGCGCGAUUGGCGAGGGCGUGUUGUUCUUGCGGGACGCGGUGCAGCUGCCGAGCGUGAAGCUGGCGCAGUCUCUGUCGAGCGACGCGGUGACGACCAGUUACGGCGUAGUGACGACGGGCAAGUACGACACAUCGUCUGCGGCGACGGACAGCGUGAAGAUUGGCCCGUCCGAGACUGGGUUCGUGGCCAACUUCAUAUACCAAGUCAGCCUUCAUCGGUGCUACGAGCGGGAGUUGGACGGCUUGACGGACAAGGUGGCCUACUGA